UUCCUGUCUGAAAGAGUGAAAGCAGAACUAUUAAAAGGAAGUAUUCAUUUUUUUCCACAUUGUACAAACUAUUAGACUCAUAGUCAGAAGACAGCAGGAGAGAGAGAGAGUCAUGUUCAUCAGAAGUCUGCUGCUCAGAGCUGCCUAUGAUGGGACGAUCCUGCUGAGAGUCCGUCAGAGAUGCUCUACAGUGUGGAGAGAGACUCACCACUGCUCGGCUUUAGUUUACAGAGAACACUCACAUGACAUCGAGACUGUGAGGAUGGAGCAGCUGCUGUUGCCUCCAGUGAAAGAUGGCUCCGUGAGAGUCCACAUGCUCGCGGCUCCCGUCAAUCCUGCAGACAUGAACAUGAUCCAGGGUUCGUACCCAAUCUUGUGCCCCCUCCCGGCGGUGGGGGGGAAUGAGGGCGUGGGAGAGGUGCUGGAGGUGGGCAGUGAUGUCACAUCUCUCCGACCUGGUGAUUGGGUCGUGCCCAUAGAUGCUGGCUUUGGCACAUGGAGGACAGGAGCUGUGUGUGAAGAGCAUGAGCUCAUAUCCGUUCCUAAAGACAUCUCUCUUCUGGGGGCCGCCACUGUCUUCGUGAACCCCUGCACUGCCUACAGGAUGCUGCACGACUUCCAAACGCUCACCCCUGGUUGUACAGUGAUUCAGAACGCCGCUAACAGCGCAGUGGGACAGGCUGUGAUUCAGAUCGCUGCAGCACUGGGCCUGAAGACCAUCAACAUCAUCAGAGACAGACCAAACUGUGCGGAGCUGAUCGAUGAGCUUCAGUCACUGGGAGCUGAUUAUGUCAUGACAGAAGAGGAAGUGAUGUCAUCGGGGCUUCAUCAGGUCUUUGAGGAGGUUCCCAAACCUAAACUGGGCCUGAACUGUGUCGGGGGCUUGAGCGGAGGACUUGUGCUGUCUAAUCUUGAUUAUGGAGGAACAAUGGUCACAUACGGAGGGAUGGCCAAAAGACCCCUCCAGAUCCCUGCUAAAUCCUUUAUAUUCCACAAUGUGACUCUAAAGGGCUUCUGGCUGACCCAGUGGAAAAGACACCACAGGGAAGAUAAAGUCCAGCUGAAGGCCAUGUUGGAUGCUGUGUGUGACCUCAUGAGAGCCGGGCAGCUGUCCACACCACACUGCGUCCAGACGCCAUUUCAGCACUACACAAACGCACUACAAGCUACUGUACAAUCACACCGCCGCAAACACGUUCUCAUCAUGUAGACUCAAAAACGCUGUGUUCUUCUGAUCUUCUGCAGAUACAUAUGCUUGUUCACAUUAAUGACAUAAAACAAGGAACUGUAACACUAUAAAUGUGUCAUAGUGGUCCUAUCAGGUCUGUAUAUGCACAAUUCAGUCCUCAACCUCCUCCAAAAAUAACGAACAGGUUUGUUUACGGUACAUCUAUUUGUCCUGAACCAUCACGGUUCGAUUUAUACAGUCAGUCACAGGCAAUUCACACUCCAAUCCAGAAGGGGGUGCGUGCAGUAAUGCACCGCUGUUUGCUAACCGCCACAACAGGGAAAAGAGCAGAAGAAGAAGAAUGCAUAGAUAUGUUUACGUGUAAUCUCUCUACCAGUGUUUCAACCGCAGAAAGACAUCAAUAAAAGAGCUGGAGAAUAAUAUCUCAGCGUUACAUUUA